UUCUUCAACAGGAUGAUCAAGGAGAGGGAGAACGUGCUUAUUCAAGCACCGGCGCCAGCGAACCUGGAUGCGCUGGAGACGAGGGCAGAGAAUAUCUACAGUCCGCUCCUGUAUUUACAACUGGAAGCACUUGGAUUGAGAGAGUUGAAAUUGGAUCAUAUCGUAUCGCAUAUUGGCAAGUCAGGUGGACUGGCGACGCAUCUGCGUGGGAUUCCGCAUAGUAUUGCGAAGGGACAGGUUACGCUGCCAGUGGAUAUCGCGGCGAGACAUGAUAUCAUCGAAGAGGAUCUGCUGAGAGGACAGCCAAACGAGGAGACCCUGGGUAAGCUACAGGAAGCUGUGUUUGAGGUAGCGACGAGGGCGAAUGAUCACCUUAUUACCACGAGACAGAUGAUCAAGGAGCUGGACCCCGCAUUGGUGAACAGGGACUCGAGGUCGGUAUUUUUGAACAUGAUUCCGACGACGCUAUGGUUGGAGGAGUUGGAGAGCGUUAACUUUGAUAUCUUUAAGCCGUCGCUACAGACGAGCAAGGGAGUGAGGUUGCCAUGGAGGUUAUGGAGAGGCAGCAGUAGUAACAGCCAGUUCUUAUUAUAAAACAACCCUCCUCGAGAA